UUCUUCAAGCCUAUUUUCUCAAUACUACCAGAUACUUGCGGUAAAAACGAAGUUUAUACUGAAUGCGGGUCUGCAUGUCCCAAAACUUGUGCUAACUUGGGAAAAGAUCAAGUCUGCACUGAACAAUGUGUCAAAGGUUGUUUCUGUCAAAAGGGAUUAGUAAGAAAUGACUACGGAGAAUGUGUACAACCAAGUCAGUGUCAAAAACCACCAUCUUGUGGUAAACACGAAGUUUAUGAUUAUUGCGGGUCCGCAUGUCCCAAAACUUGUGCCAACUUGGGAAAAGAUCAAGUCUGCACUGAACAAUGUGUCGCAGGUUGUUUUUGUCAAAAAGGAUUAGUUAGAAAUAACUAUGGUCAAUGUGUACACCCAAAUCAGUGUCCAAAACCGACCCCAGGUUCAGAAGUGUGCGAAACCGUUGAUUGCAGAGGAAGUCCAUGUCCAGCAGUUGAUUGUGCUCCAGGUUACAAGCCAGUAAGGUCUUGGUGUGGUUGCUGCGAUAAAUGUGAACUAGUGAAAACACUCCCAGGUUCAGAAGUGUGCGCAGCCAUCGAUUGUAACGGGAAUGAAUGUAAACUAAUUAACUGCAUUGAAGGUUCCGCGCCAGUGAGGUCUGAUUGCGGUUGCUGCGAUACGUGCGAACCAAUAAAAAAACCAGAUGAUUGCCAAACUGAUUGCUCAGGAUCAUACAACUGUCCAACCAUACCAGAAAACUGUCCAGAUGGUUUCGAGAUGCGAAUACCAAAAUGUAGAUGUUGUCCAGAAUGUCUGAAAAAUGAUACUUGUGGUAAAAACGAAGUUUAUACUGAAUGCGGUUCUGCAUGUCCCGUAACUUGCGCCAACUUGGGAAAAGAUCAAGUCUGCUCUGCACAAUGUAUCACAGGUUGUUUUUGUCAAAAAGGAUUAAUUAGAAAUGACAAUGGUGAAUGUGUACACCCAAAUCAGUGUCCAAAACCAAUAUCAAAUACUUGCGGUAAACAUGAAGUUUAUACUGAAUGUGGCUCUGCAUGUCCCAAAACUUGUGCCAACUUAGGAAAAGAUCAAGUCUGCACUGCACAAUGUGUGAUAGGUUGUUUCUGUGAAGAAGGAUUAGUUAGAAAUGACUAUGGUGAAUGUGUACACCCAAAUCAGUGUCCAAAACCACCCUCACCUACUUGCGGUAAAAAUGAAGUUUACUAUGAAUGCGGCACUGCAUGUCCCCAAACUUGCUCUAACUUGGGAAAACAUCAAUUCUGCAUCGAACAAUGUGUCGAAGGAUGUUUCUGUCGUGGUGGAUUAAUUAGAAAUGACGAGGGUGCAUGUGUACAUCCAAAUCAAUGUCCAAAACCACUUUCAGAAAUGUGCGGCAAAAACGAAGUUUAUAAUGAUUGCGGUUCGGCAUGUCCCCAAACUUGUGCCAACUUAGGAAAUGAUCAAGUCUGCACUGCACAAUGUGUCAAGGGUUGUUUCUGUCGUGAAGGAUUAAUUAGAAAUGACCAGGGUGACUGUGUAGAUCCAAAUCAAUGUCCAAAACCACUUUCAGAAAUGUGCGGCAAAAACGAAGUUUAUAAUGAUUGCGGUUCUGCAUGUCCCCAAACUUGUGCCAACUCAGGAAAUGAUCAAGUCUGCACUGCACAAUGUGUCAAGGGUUGUUUCUGUCGUGAAGGAUUAAUUAGAAAUGACCAGGGUGACUGUGUAGAUCCAAAUCAAUGUCCAAAAC